AGAUAUGUUAUAUUUGUGGAAGAGACGCCUCGUGGUUCUCACUGGACAAGGUAUGGUCAUUUUGAUAGGUAUAAUACUAGCGCAAUGUGCACAACAUUCUCAGGUUUGGUUUUAAAAUAUAUUGAAUUGCGAUCAAUUAAAUUUAUUUAGGGUAAAGUAGUUUCUAUGCUACAAACAUCCAACCUUGUUAUUAGCUGAUAUUUAGUUUAAUAAUUUAUUUUGUUUCACACCAGGUAACUAAGAAGAGAAGAAGAACCCCACUCAUGUUGGCAAAAACAAUUGAUGCUUCUACGUACAGCUGCAGAGAGAAAGAAUGAUCAACAGAUACUCGUGCAAAUCCAGGGGAAAAACUGUGUAGCUCUGGAAAUCCGCUAUCACAAAGUUUGCUACUGCAAUUAUACAAUAUUUCUCACCAGAGAGACGAAGAAGCAACGAGAGCAUCAGUGUACAAGAAGUCUUAUGAUGUAUAUUUCUGUAAGAAAGUAAUUGAGAUGGAGGUCAUCAGAAAUAAGCAAAUAAAGUAUAUGAAAGAUUUGCUGGAGAAAUUUGUUCUCAUUGCUAAGGACACUGAGAAUGUGGAUGCAUCUAAAUAUAGAGCUUUUAAACUCAAGCAACGACUGAUGAAAAGUUAUCCCCAACUUGUGUUCUGUGUACCGAAAAUGAGAAAUGUUAGGGAGAUUGUAUAUGUGGAAAAUUUGGAUUCUUCUGAAUUGGUUGAGGAACAUAUGUCAAUUAAUGGCCUGUUUAUAUGGAAGCCGGAAUGGCCCGCUUAGCAAGACAGGCCGGUAAGCGGGAUGAAUUUCCCUUGUGUUUAUAUGAGAAACUUUCAUCCCGCUUGCCAGAACAAUUUUGUUACAUUGUAUUGUUUUGACAGUUGUUAAAAAUAGCUUGCGGCGGUAUCUUUGAACUUUCAUCCUGGCAACCAGGAUAGCCCGCUUGGUAUCUUUGAACUUUCAUCCUGGCAACCAGGAUAGCCCGCUUGUAAAUGUUUAUAUGGAGAAAUUUCCAUCCCGGUAAGCGAGAUCUAGCCUCUUUCAAACGAGAUCUCGGUAACCAGGGCCAGCCUGCUUGUCCAUAUAAACGCAUGAUAAUUUUUACUAUAAAAUAACUACACAGCGAGAUCUUGCUUACCAGGCUGUCUCGCUUAUCAGGCCAGCCCGGCUUCCAUAUAAACAGCUAGGCCCUAAGUCUGAAAACAAUGAUGAGGACUUUGAUGAAGAGAGCUGUACGAUUGAUGAUGAUGAUGAUGUGAAUUCCAACACAGAAACUGAGGGAAAUUCUAAAGUCAAUGAGUUACAACUUCUAUACAAUGCUGUAUUCAUUCUUCACCAAAAGGUGCAAGAAAUACUAAAACUGAAUCUUCUUUGGCCACCAUUGGCAUCUGAUUUGACAAUGGAUAAUAUUUCAAAUCCGACUAUGAGGACUGGACUAGAUUUCAAGUACACGCAAUUUGAUCACGUCCGAGGCGAAGCAGAGGACUGGAUCAAAAUGUGAGGACUUGAAAUCUAGUCCAGUCCGAAUUGGAGGAUUUGAAAUGACAUCACGAAUAAAUCACUACUUAAUUAAUUUUUAUCCAGUCCUAGGAUCAAUAUACUUCAUAAAGUAUCCAGUAUUAUCAUGUGAGCAAAAUAAAGCAAUAUGGUUGGCUAAUUUGCUCAUGAAUUAUUAAUGAUUUGAGGUGAACAAUGAUGGUAAUGCAUGUAGGUAUUAUCAGUGGAGUAGAUCAGUAUUUAUUUACUUAUUCGAUAUUCUCAUUCGGAUCCACAGUAUUUAUAUUAUGAACACAUAUAUCCCUCUCAUGGACAGGGUUAACAGUAUAGUCAUGUCUGAGAAGCUAAAACGCACCCUGGUGGAGGAGCUGAAACUCACAGCAGCAAAUCUAUAAGAAAAAGUCAACUAGUGUGGACACGAAAAACCAGGCUGAAUCGUUCCUUGUUAUUCUAGAUAGUGGCUAAAUACCAACUUAUGUCACAAUAUAAAUAUAAUACAUGAAAUAGUUCAAAUACGAGAAGUAGAACUUUACCAGAAACUUGGAAACACUGUUAUCAUAUUAUUUGUCUUUCCAAUCUUUCGGUAUGUCAUAUUGUCUUAUCAGCGUCGGCAAACGGAUAAAGAGUGUUUCACAAAUAUUUCAUUUUAAUUGUUCCUUGAUCGUGUGAAUUGUAUGCAUAUAUAUUUUUUAUUCUCCGUCCUGUUUGAUACAGGUGGGUUUUUUACCUCGCACAAAUUUGUAUUGAAUUAGGAUGUUAAUAUAAAGUAGAAUUAAACGUUAAAACGGUAUUUUGAAACAAUAGCCAAUGAAUUGAAGUGAUUUAGCAUAUGAGCAAGUAAAAUAUACAAUGUGUUUUUAACAAUAUUUAAUGUGGGUGUAUUUAUAUUACAAGGUUUGAUCAGUAUUCUGUGAUUUUAUUUUGUUGUUUUUGCGGAGGAAAUCGGGGAAACCCCCCAGUGGGAAUCUAUUUUUAUAGUUUGCGCGUGCGCAGUGCGAGUUUGACUGAGUUGCGCAUGCGUAUUUGCUACCAAAAUAAUGGCGGUUCGAAUAUUUCGAAGCGUGAAAAUAUCAAACUUUGGAGGGAUUUUUCUCCCAAUUGUGCACCUGUUUCACUUGGGGAGCAACGGAUUCUGAUAAAGUAAGUUUUUAUCUAUUUAUUCAUGUGAAAAUUACGUAGUUCCACGAGGGGUGCAACGGAAUUGCAUCUUUUGGAUGCUCAUCCCACGGCCUAUG